GCUCGGUGGCGCCGCUGCCCUGGCAGAGCUCGCCACUCCUUCGUCGAGGCAGGACGUGCGCCUGAGCCCCGCCGAACCGAGGCCACCCGGAGCCUUGCCCAGCCUGCGCCAGCCGUGCCCAGCGGCCUUGAGACCCAGAGAGCCUCAGCCUUCUUCCCUCUUCCACCCAGAGUCGCGCUCCGCUCCCCCUCACGGCAGCCCCUGCGUCGCCGGGACCCUCGCGCGCCGCCGCCGAAUCGCUCCUGCAGCAGAGCCAACAUGCCCAUCACUCGGAUGCGCAUGAGACCCUGGCUAGAGAUGCAGAUUAAUUCCAACCAAAUCCCGGGGCUCAUCUGGAUUAAUAAAGAGGAGAUGAUCUUCCAGAUCCCAUGGAAGCAUGCUGCCAAGCAUGGCUGGGACAUCAACAAGGAUGCCUGUUUGUUCCGGAGCUGGGCCAUUCACACAGGCCGAUACAAAGCAGGGGAGAAGGAACCAGAUCCCAAGACGUGGAAGGCCAACUUUCGCUGUGCCAUGAACUCCUUGCCAGAUAUUGAGGAGGUGAAGGACCAGAGCAGGAACAAGGGCAGCUCAGCUGUGCGAGUGUACCGGAUGCUUCCACCUCUCACCAAGAACCAGAGAAAAGAAAGAAAGUCGAAGUCCAGCCGAGAUGCUAAGAGCAAGGCCAAGAGGAAGUCAUGUGGGGAUUCCAGCCCUGAUACCUUCUCUGAUGGACUCAGCAGCUCCACUCUGCCUGAUGACCACAGCAGCUACACAGCUCAGGGCUACAUGCAGGACUUGGAGGUGGAGCGGGCCCUGACUCCAGCACUGUCGCCGUGUGCUGUCAGCAGCACUCUCCCUGACUGGCACAUCCCAGUGGAAGUUGUGCCGGACAGCACCAGUGAUCUGUACAACUUCCAGGUGUCACCCAUGCCCUCCACCUCUGAAGCUGCAACAGAUGAGGAUGAGGAAGGGAAAUUACCUGAGGACAUCAUGAAGCUCUUGGAGCAGUCGGAGUGGCAGCCAACAAACGUGGAUGGGAAGGGGUACCUACUCAAUGAACCUGGAGUCCAGUCCACCUCUGUCUAUGGAGACUUUAGCUGUGAUAUUGGGCUGAGUCUACAGCGCGUCUUCACAGAUCUGAAGAACAUGGAUGCCACCUGGCUGGACAGCCUGCUGACCCCAGUCCGGUUGCCCUCCAUCCAGGCCAUUCCCUGUGCACCGUAGCAGGGCCCCUAGGCCCUUCCUACUCCUCUAGGCAAGCAGGACCUGGCAUCCUGGUGGAUAUGGUGCAGAGAAGCUGGACUUCUGUGGGCCCCUCAACAGCCAAGUGUGAUCCCACUGCCAAGUGGCGAUGGGGCCUCUCUCCUUGGGUCAUUAGCCUCUCAGGGCCUGGCAGGCCAGUUGUCUGGGUUUUUCUUGUGGGGUAAAGCUGGUCCUGCCUCCUGGGAGCAUGAGGUUCUGAGACUGGUGUGUCAGGUCAGGGACUUGGACUGGAGUCAGUGUCUGGCUUUUUCCUCUGAGCCCAGCUGCCUGGAGAGGGUCUCGCUGUCACUGGCUGACCCCUAGGGGAACAGACUAGUGACCCCAGAAAAGCAUAACGCCAAUCCCAGGGCUGGCUCUGCACUAACAGACAAUUGCACUAAAUGAAUCUCGUUCCCAAAGAACCACCCCCUUUUCAGCUGAGCCCUGAGGACUGUUCCAAAGCCAGUGAAAUGUGAAGGAAAGUGGGGUCCUUCGGGGAGAUGCUGCCCUCAGCCUCAGAGGAGCUCUACCCUGCUCCCUGCUUUGGCUGAGGGGCUUGGGAAAAAAACUUGGCACUUUUUCUUGUGGAUCUUGCCACAUUUCUGAUCAGAGGUGUACACUAACGUUUCCCCCGAGCUCUCGGCCUUUGCGUUUAUUUAUACAGUGCCUUGCUCGGUGCCCACCACCCCCUCAAGCCCCAGCAGCUCUCAACAGGCCCAGGGAGGGAAAUGUGAGCGCCUUGGUAUAACUUAAAAUUGGAAAUGUCAUCUAACUAUUAAGUCAUGUGUGAACACAUAAGAACAUGUGUAAAUAUGUACAUUUGUCUUUUUAUAAAAAGUAAAUUGUUUAUAAGGGGUGUGGCCUUUUUAGAGAGAAA